AUGGAGGACAGCAAAGUUGAUAAAUCUCUUACUCUUCAAGCUAUGAAAAGAGACAAGAAACAAAGAGAAUUUCGAGAAUACCUUGCUGAUAAAGGAAUUGUGCUUGCAAUGGUUAAAUGUAUUUUUUACCUUAGUUCUCUUAGCUCACGGAGGGGGUUAAUUUUUUUUUUAAAAAAAAAAUAUAUAUAAACUUUAUAGAAUUUUUUUUUUCGAAAUUUUAAAAAAAUCCCACUUCGCAAAAAUUGGAAAGCAAAUAUUAAUUUAAAAUUUAAGUUUAAGACGAAAUUUCUUUAAAAUUAAACAGAAUUAGCUAGAGAUUUCAUUAUAUUAAUUAUCACUUAUAUAUCAAUUUUUUUUUCCAUAAAACAUUUUUCUAUUAAAAAAAUUUUUGUUCACUCACGGAGGGGUGGGUUUUUAGGCAAAAAAAUAGGGAUUUUUCUAAUGGUUUUGUUCGCUCACUGAGGGGGAGUUAGCUUGAAGCAAUCAGAUAACCCACCAAAUUCCCCUGCUGAAUACAUUCAGCAAUACUUUGGUGUUUAUAAAGAUCCAAUGUGGGACAUCGUUGAUAAUAUGAAAGCUGAUAUAGAAGGUAUGAAAACUUCUAUAGAAAAUAAACUAAACGAAAUUCAAAACCUCAAAAACGAAAUUACCAAGGCAAAACGAUCAAAACUUGUAAGAGAAACUUUUGCAGCGCUUGGCCCAGAUGCUCAAGGUAUUUUAAACUUUUAAUGGAGAAUAGUACAAAAAAUAUUAAAUUAUCUUUAUCUUUUCUAUGAAAAUUAGGUAUUAGCGGCUCAGAGUAUUUUAUAUAUUUUAUUGAGAGAAAUAUCGACAAAAGUUUUAGUUCAAAAACUAAGUGGCCAGCCAAGGUUUGAUACAGACUUAAAAUUGAACCAAAUGAACUUUGUCAAUUUUAUUAUGGAGCAUUUGAUUUCUGGAGCAAAUGAAGAUGAAAAAGAAAGGUUCUGGACAAUGUGCUUUUUACCGUUUAGAGAAAUUGGAACUCUUGGAGAGGAUGGGAAACCUAAGCCAGCUCCUUUUGUGGGAAGAUUAGAUGACCCUUCAUAUGUGCGUAUUUUAGAAAAAAUAAGAUCCUAUGUUCUUAAAUAA